AUGUUGAAACAUCUAAAAUCUCUCGAACUCAAUAAUUGUCCGUUGCUUGAGAAGUUACCGGAGGAUCUUGGUCAAUUGGAAUGUUUAGAGAAGCUAUACUUGAUCGAGUGUAAGUUUCUACAAGAUAUCCCGGACAGCAUAUGUAACAUGAAAUGUCUACAAGUGUUGCAUAUAAAAGAGGCUCUGAAGUCCUCAAAAAGCCAAUUCACGAAGAACUAUUGUAACAGGCGUACUCAAGAUAAAACCACCACGACUUGGAAAAUCCCAAAGAUGUCAUUUAUUCAUGCAUUGUACCAUAUCAGAAUUCAAGAAUCAGAUGUUAAGAUCCUGACAUAUGUGGAUUUUGUGGACGUUAAUUAAAACAUAGUUUCAAAAAACCGGGAAGCAAUGGGCACACAAGGUGAUUUGCCAAACUACUUUUGUCAAAACUAUUUGCUUUACACCAUUCCAUUUAAUUUCUCCAUUUAUAAUCCCAGAAGCUCUAACUUGUGAUGUGUUGCACAAUCUAUAUAUGUAUUAUUUCUUUUAAUUUCAUAAAACAUGUUUUAUGGUAGUAACCUGGUUUUAGCCUUGUUAGUUUUCUUGUGCUUAGGCUCUACAUAUAUGUAUAUAUAUGUAGACCCAACUAGACCUAGGCUUUGCACAUUUAGGUGGGUUUAGUACUUUAGUUACCCAAAAAUUGGCUGUUCUUUAAAAAUUAAAAUUUAAGAAAAAAAUAAGAAUUUUGAAAACGUAGUAUUUAGUUAACAAUUUUUUAAAAUUUUUAUAAAAAUUGAAAAUUUUCUGUUUUUCAAAAUUACAAAGAACUUACAAGAUUUUAUAAAACCGAUAAUUAUUGUUUUCUAUAUUUUCAAAUUCCAAAAAAUUUCUAAACUAUAUAACACACACCAACCCCGAUCCUACCGACUUCUACUUACCCCUACCCUAACAACCCCAACCCACCCACUCCC